GUUAUGAAGAGGUGGUCAGAAUACCAAAAGGAUCCGUUUUCAUCCACAUACAAGAACUCAACGUGUCGCUGAACUACCUGGUGCUGAAGGGUAAAGGGGAGCAGUACUUCAUCAACGGGAAGCUGAGCAUCGACACACCGCGCAGGUUCGACAUCGCAGGGACCACCUUCCACUACCGUCGGCCGGGGGACGGCCCCGAGACACUGGAGGCCCUGGGGCCCACCAACAUCACCCUGAUCGUUAUGGUGUUGGUCCGAGAGGAGAACCCCGGCAUACACUUCCGCUUCAACCCGCCCGUCAGCCGGGACGCGCUGAGCGGCUUCGCCUGGCACUACACCUCCUGGUCCCGCUGCUCGGCCCUCUGUGCUGGAGGUGUGCAGCUGCAGCAGGUGGUUUGCAAGAAGCAGGCCGACCACUCUGUGGUCUUCAACCACUUCUGUGACAAAAAGAACAAACCAAAAGAGAAGAGGAGGUCCUGCAACUCUGAGCCGUGCUCCCCCAGCUGGUGGAGCGGGGGCUGGUCUGAGUGCAGCCGUAGCUGCAGCGGCGGCCUGCGGACGCGGCAGGUGCUCUGCAAGAGGAAGAUCUCAUCGGCCGAGGACAAGGUCCACGACGACGCGGCCUGCAGCGGGCCUCGGCCCGACCUCACCCAGCCCUGCAGCAGCCACAGCUGCCCCCCCGAGUGGACGGCCCUGGACUGGUCCGAGUGCACCCCCCCCUGCGGGCCCGGCUACAGGCACCGCCUCAUCCUGUGUAAGAGCGGGGAAAGCUCCGGCACGCUGCCCGAGGCCCAGUGCCCCCGGCUGGGGAGACCCACCUCCAGGGUCAGGUGCAACCUGCAGCGCUGCCCCCCACCCCAGUGGGUGGCCGGACCCUGGGGAGAGUGUUUGGCCAGGUGUGGCCUGGGCCAGGAGAUGCGCUCGGUCCAGUGCCUCACGCACACCGGCCUGCCGUCCACCGAGUGCAUGGAGCAUCUGCGGCCCGCCGGCAUGCAGCAGUGCAAGAGCAAGUGUGACCUCAGUCUGCCGGCCACCACCGACCACCCUGAAGAGUGUAAAGAUGUGAACACUGUGGCAUACUGCCCCCUGGUGCUCCGCUUCAAGUUCUGCAGCCGGCCUUACUUCAGACAGAUGUGCUGCAAGACCUGCCAAGGACACUGACCCGGACAGCUCAGCCCAUCACACCCCCCACAGAGACCUCUCUCUGGUCUCCACUGAGCCUGAAGACCAGCUGCCCGGGGCUGGGGAACGACCCCCGGAGUGCUGGGCCCGGCAUGAGGGUCUGCUCAUAGCGGCCCCACCCCCCACUCCUUUAGCGUCUACUCACCUUAACACCCCCCCUGUGGGCGACCAGAUCCACGCCUCGAAGCCGCUCUCACUGGAGUACCAUUCCACAAGAUGGAGGGAGGGGUUGGGAGGGCUGGGCCAGUUGACAGAGGGCAUGAGGAGAGAGGAGGUCUGUGGGCCCCCCCCUCUGUGGUGCAGCCUGUCCCUGGAAUGGUACGGUCCGUGCUGUAUUGUUACGGUCCUAGCUGUGAUGUUACGGUCCGUGCUGUAAUGGUACGGUCCGUGCUGUAAUGUUACGGUCCUAGCUGUGAUGUUACGGUCCGUGCUGUAAUGGUACGGUCCGUGCUGUAAUGUUACGGUCCUCGCUGUAAUGUUACGGUCCGUGCUGUAAUGGUACGGUCCGUGCUGUAAUGUUACGGUCCGUGCUGUAAUGUUACGGUCCGUGCUGUAAUGGUACGGUCCGUGGUGUAAUGGUACGGUCCGUGCUGUAAUGUUACAGUCCGUGCUGUAAUGUUACGGUCCUAGCUGUAAUGUUACGGUCCGUGCUGUAAUGUUACGGUCCGUGCUGUAAUGGUACGGUCCGUGCUGUAAUGUUACGGUCCGUGCUGUAAUGUUACGGUCCGUGCUGUAAUGGUACGGUCCGUGCUGUAAUGUUACAGUCCGUGUUGUAAUGUUACGGUCCUAGCUGUAAUGUUACGGUCCGUGCUGUAAUGUUACGGUCCGUGCUGUAAUGGUACGGUCCGUGCUGUAAUGGUACGGUCCGCGCUGUAAUGGUACGGUCCGCGCUGUAAUGGUACGGUCCGCGCUGUAAUGGUACGGUCCGCGCUGUAAUGGUACGGUCCGCGCUGUAAUGGUACGGUCCGCGCUGUAAUGGUACGGUCCGCGCUGUAAUGGUACGGUCCGCGCUGUAAUGGUACGGUCCGUGCUGUAAUGGUACGGUCUCAUGGGUUUCUCAUGGCAGCAGGACUGGGCUCGGUUCUCCCAGUACUGGAUUGGUUUUGUUGGCUUUUUUCCUUUGUUGAAAACAGGUUUAUGUUGAGCUAUUAGUCCUGGAUGCUAACAGGUUUUAUGUUUUAUGUUUAUGAAUACCAAUCACCUUUGUUACUAAAUGUUUUUAUUAUGCGGUUAACUUUUGAGUCCAAAAGGAAACCCUUAUUUUAUAUCAAUAGUACAACAUGUGUUUAUGUCAUCUAAUGGAGAUGUUGGUUGAUCAAGUUAUAUUUUUGGUUCACUACUAUCUUUGUUCUGGACAAUCCUUAGCUAUAGCCUAUUUCUAAAACGUCAUUUAUUUCAUGCUCAAAUCCGAGCAGUUAAACCAAGUUAGUUUGAUGUGUUUUUUGUUAAAUGUACCCUUUGAGGGUCUACCACCGUGAAUAUGCCACGCAGUCUUGCCAGUUGCUGCUCUCCCAGACACCAGGGCCUGGCACUGGUACCAGUUCAACCUCAUCUCACCUAUAGAACACUACUAACAUCAUAUGAAGAGCAAAGAACGGACCUCAUCCGUCUUGUAUUCAUUGGUCUCCUGUGGAGCUGUGUGCUCAUCAUGCUCAGAGAGGUGUUGCCUCCCCGCUAACGCCGUUCAGUCGCUGGUCCCUAACAGCCGUUCAGUCGCUGGUCCCUAACAGCCGUUCAGUCGCUGGUCCCUAACAGCCGUUCAGUCGCUGGUCCCUAACAGCCGUUCAGUCGCUGGUCCCUAACAGCCGUUCAGUCGCUGGUCCCUAACAGCCGUUCAGUCGCUGGUUCCUAACAGCCGUUCAGUCGCUGGUCCCUAACAGCCGUUCAGUCGCUGGUCCCUAACAGCCGUUCAGUCACUGAUCCCUAACAGCCGUUCAGUCGCUGGUCCCUAACAGCCGUUCAGUCGCUGGUCCCUAACAGCCGUUCAGUCGCUGGUCCCUAACAGCCGUUCAGUCGCUGGUCCGUGCAGCAGUCCUCUCAGCUCGGGGAUACCAGUUCAGUCGCUGGUCCGUGCAGCAGUCCUCUCAGCUCGGGGACUGCUGCAUCCCAUCAGGGAGACGCUGGAGAGGAAGUCAUAAUCUCCGCUUGUCUUGCACAAGAAGCAACUGAGGUCCAUUUUAAGGGUUGUGAAACCUUGUCCGCCUGGCAGUUGUUAGAAUGAGGAAAUGCAGCAGCUCAUUAACAUAUCCUUCCUCCUCAUCAUCAUCCUCAUCGUCAUGUCAUUGGGAAAGCUCAACGGUCAUAACAACAAGUUACAAAUUAAUAUCAAGGAGCAUAUCCUGUCAUAACUCAUGUCUAUUUAUUUUUUCAACCCAAUGGUGGCUCUUGUUGUCAUGUGACCCAGCCGGUGGGGAACUUUAUCAACAACUGAACCAACAACGCACAGAGUCCCUCCGGAGGCUCUGCUGCUUGUGUGUCCUGGAGCCUCAGUGGGAAAUAAUUGACUUUGUUCCGGAGGACUUUUCCUUCUCUUCAUGGAAGAAAUCACUUCCUGGUAUACUUGGAUAGGGGCCAUCUUGUUUGAACCACAACCAGCAGAUAUCAGCCAAUGAUGUCAUUCUCUGUAUGUGACGUCAUUCAUCACUCCACACACUGUGGACGCUCCGUCUCAGCUCACUGCGCCGUGUGGGCGGGAGCUCGCUUUGUCUUGGUGGGAAUAAGACAACGUGUUUAAUGUUGUUUUCCUCCGUGGUGCUUUUGUUCAGAAUGGUGCUAUCAUUCAUUAUCGUCAUUGUUGUCAUUGUUUUGGAGUUGUCAUUGUACUCUCUGUGAUGUUCAUUAAAUAGAGGGAAAUGUUAUGUAUUAAAUUGUACUGUAACAAGUCUAGUUCUUCAAUGGGCCCAGAAUAAUUUUUUACUAAACUAUUCUCACACAAAGAUCCUCUCUUAGUUCAAAGUUCAGAACUGUGUACUGCCAAAGAUGACCCAGAUUCAGUACAGGAAGCCCUGUUAACCUGUCCAUAGUAACACUGACCCAGAUGAUACUGUUCUUCAUAGCUUCAAAGGUAUUCUUUUUACUCUUAUUUUAUUAGUUUUACUUGUAUCAUUAUCUUUAUCUACCUGGCACAUGUGAGUGUUCACACUAAGCACAUGAAAAGCCAGUUUCAUUUGAGCUAGGAGAGAAAUGAUAGGUUCAACGUUCUCUCCGUUAAAUGCUGAUUAUAAUGAGACCCAAGUCCGGUACGUUGCUCUGUACUCUGAGGAGACGGCCGCACGCCCACCAUGAGAAACGCUUUGAAUGGAAAUAUAAUGUGGAAUUAAAAACUAAAUGGUGCAUCGUUGAUAUAAAAGUCUUUUAUUUUGUCCCAUUUGA